GAGCGACUGGAAGGAAUAAACCGGGGAUUUCACUCAUUUUUUAUUUGGUAGAGAAAUUUCUGAUGUGGCAGCUUAAUGCCAACUCGACGUAAAACCAUAAAUCCCUUCUGUAAAACAUGGUGAGAGGGGCUCUUGAAACCGAUGAGCUGACCAGGCAACACUGCUGCCACUAUAGAGCAAUCUAACUAACGUGAACGUGAUGGGGAUGAUGAUAUUACACACAGCAAUGAUGGAACAGCCGCAUUGACAAAGAUUAACUGCACUCACUCUCAGUGCGCUGCUGCCAAUCAGCAUGCUGCGGAUACUGUCGCUCAAAUUUGGCCGCGUCUACCGGUGCGGCAAGUUCCUCUUCAUCGUAGCUCUUUUUGUGAUCCUGCUGAUGAACACUCACAACCUCUUUGCCUCUUUCCAGAGGAAUGAGCUCACCGACCGGCGAUUCAUCGGCCUCAACAAGUGUCCGGCCUGCUUUGGUACUAGCUGGUGCCGCAAGUUCAUGAACGGCCAGGUGACCUUCGAGAUGUGGGGUCGCCUGCGCUUCCUAGACUUUUUCAACGUAAAGAACGUUUAUUUCGCUCAAUACGGAGAACCCAGGGAAGGAACGCGCAGGGUCGUGCUCAAACGCCUGGGCUCCAACCAAGAGCUCGCAGAGAUCGAUCAGAAGAUCUGCAAACGGGCCACUGGAAGACCUCGCUGUGAUCUAAUUCAGGGUAUGUACAAAACGGAGUUCGCCCGGCUUAACGGGGACGUAAGGCUGCUGACCCCAGAGGUGGUGGAGGGCUGGUCGGAUCUGGUGCACUGCCCCUCGCAGAGGCUUCUGGACCGGGUGGUCAGGAGGUACGCGGAGACCAAGGACUCUGGAAGCUUCCUGUUGAAGAACCUUAAGGACACGGAACGAAUGCAGCUGCUGAUGACGUUGGCGUUCAACCCUGAGCCGCUUGUGCUGCAGAGUUUUCCCUCUGAUGAGGGCUGGCCAUUCGCCAAAUACCUGGGGGCCUGCGGCCGGAUGGUGGCGGUGAAUUACGUGGGCGAGGAGCUCUGGAGCUUCUACAAUGCACCCUGGGAGAAAAGAGUGGAUCUGGCCAAGCAGCUGAUGGACAUCGCCGAGCAGCUGACUAACAACGAUUUUGACUUUGCCCUUUACCUCCUAGACGUGAGCUUUGACAACUUUGCAGUCGGGCCUCGUGAUGGAAAAGUCAUCGUCGUCGAUGCAGAAAACAUCAUAGUGGCAGACAAGAGACUGAUUAAGCAAAAUAAACCAGAGAACUAUGACGUGUGGUACGAGAGCCGCUACGAGGAAUGCGACAAAGAGGCCUGUCUCUCCUUCUCCAAGGACAUCCUCUGCUCUCGAGUCACCGUGGACCACAACUACUACGCUAUCUGUCAGAACCUGCUCUCCAGAUUCGCCACCUGGCGUGGCACCACAGGCGGUCUCCUCCACGACCCCCCUGCCGAUGUGGUCAAAGACGGCCGCCUCAUGGCCCUGCUAGACGAGUGCACCCGGCCCCAGAAACAGUACGGUCGCUUCCAGGCAGCUAAAGAACUGCGAGAGUUCCUGACACAACUCUCACAGCUGAGCAAUACUAACAGGUAGUGUCCAGAACGGGGGACGUUCUGUGCCCCCCACCCCGCCACUCAAAAAAGACCUCUGAAGUACUUUUACAAAUGUGCUACCAGAUUCUGGAACACAUUCGUUCACCUUCAAGGGAGUCGCUAUUUCGUUGCCUCUAUCAAUCAUGCCAACAUUGGCUCCAGUCCAAUCCGGGGCUAAUUAAAGAAGUUUGCACAUGAGCAUGGAUUAAAGGGUCAUGUGAAAAUCAGCAGAAUACAGACUCAAACUGCUGUGAUCACACUUGUGUUUGUGUGUGUGAAAGUUGAUUGUAAUAUCUGAUGUUUCAGUGAAUACCCUUGCUGCUAUUACAGGUUCUGAUCAGGAUCCUGUAAUACGGUUUCUAAUUCAUUUAAAAAUCGGGUGCUGUAGGUGCACCGUGAGCAGGGGUUAUAACUGAAGUGACACAGGGAGCUUUGUUUAUGUUUGGGUGAAUCUUAAAAACAUGUCCAGGUCAUGUUUUAAUCCAAAAUAAAACAAACAAAAAA